AUGGGUAGGUCACCUUGCCGUAACGAGAGUAAUGUUAAGAAAGGGCCAUGGACAGCGGAAGAAGAUGAAAAGCUAACGGAUUAUAUUAGCAGACAUGGAAGGGGAACGUGGAGAACACUUCCAAAGCAUGCUGGUCUAAAUAGGUGCGGAAAAAGCUGCAGGUUAAGGUGGGAGAACUAUCUAAGACCAGAUAUUAAGAGAGGGAAAUUCACUGAAGAGGAGGAUCAAUUGAUCAUCAACCUUCAUUCAGUUCUUGGAAACAAGUGGGCAAAGAUUGCUACCAAUCUUCCAGGAAGAACUGAUAACGAGAUCAAGAAUUAUUGGAACACCAACCUAAGAAAAAAGCUUCUCCACAUGGGUAUUGAUCCAGAAACUCACAGGCCAAGAACUGACUUGAAUCACCUCAUGAAUCUUUCCCAGUUGCUUGGUAUGUCAAAUUUGGGCACAUCAAUAAAUCCUUUGGCCAACCCUAUUGGUUUACAAGCAGAUGUCACUCAACUAACCAAACUACAAGUGCUACAAAAUAUGUUACAACUUCUGAAUAACACUUCAUUGAUUAACAUGGCUAACCCUUACCUCUUACGCAAUCAAAUUCUCAACCCACCCGAUACGUUCCUCAAUGGAACAAACACCCUUCAAGUUAGAGAUCCAAUGUUUAGAGGUCCAGAAUAUCCAAAUCCUCAUGGUAACAACGAACCUGAUCUAUCACUCUCUCAAACACACAGUGACUAUUCUCAGCAGAACAUCUUCAAAUCAGGGCUAGAAAGAGAGAAUGAAACUGAUUAUCAAGAAGUUCUUAGUUAUGCCGAAAACAUUAACACUUCACAACAAAAUCAAGUAGAAAAUUUACUUCCUGCAUUAGUUGCUUCAUGUCCAAAGACAAGUACCUUCAACCAAAUGGAGAGCAACUAUAACGCAGCACAAGUGUCCUCCCAGUCACCGGUCUCCACAACCUUCGAGGCUUGGGAGAAGUUCCUCAUUGAUGAUGAUGAAACAAGCGGUUCCUACUGGAAAGAGAUUCUAGACUUGACAUCCACCUCUGCAUCUCCAGUUUCCUGGUAG